UCUGUGUUUCUCUUCCUCACUUCAGGUGAUGCAUCAGAGGCAUAUACCAACGUUGGAUUGCCAAGCAAAGCACCCCCAACUCACACGUAACCGCAGCACAAGUUCAAAAAUACAGGGAGGAGGCAAGGAAUCCAGCGGCAACUUAUCUUAAAGCUUCUUCAUCCACAUGAUCAAUCAACUCUGUCGCUCUCUGUCUCCACAAUCGAGGUCCAAGAGGGUGAAGAGUAGAAGAAGCUACUGUAGGUAGGAAUAGGAUGGACCCAGCGUUGCACAAGGCGGCGGUGCAGGGGAGCGUGGCAAGCCUGAAGAAGCUGGUGGCCGAGAACCCCAACAUCCUUGGUUCCAAGACGCCCCAGCAGAACACCGCGCUGCACAUCGCCGCCGAGCUCGGCCACGCCGGCUUCGCCGAGGCGGCCCUUGGUGUGGACGACAAGCUGCUCGUCAGCAAGAACGCUGACGGGGACACGCCGCUGCACCUGGCGGCCAGGGCGGGGAAGGUGGACGUGGCGGACCUGCUCAUCGGCCGAGCCAGCGCAUGGCCCGCGGAGCAUCCGCGCCACUCCCCCGCCGCGCAGAAUGGAAAGGCCGGGGAACCUCCCCGGAGCUCCCCUGGCACCGCGCAGGGGCCUCUGUUCAUGGCCAACAAGGUCGGCGACACCCCGCUGCACGAGGCGGUGAAGCACGGCAGGAGCGCCGUCGCGCUCAGGCUGCUGGAUGCCGAGCCCGGCCGCGGCCACGCGCUCAACGUGAAGCAGCAGACGCCGCUGCACAUCGCUGCACGGGAGGGCCUCGCCGACGUCGUCGCCAAGAUCGUCAGCCAACCCUGGGUCCACGAGAAGUUCGUCCCCUCCGACUCCGUCAGCGGCACCGCCCUUCACCAGGCCGUCCUCGGCGGCCACGCACGCGUGGUGGAGAUCCUGCUUGACGCGACACCGCCGGACCAGAUCGGGCUGACGGACUCGAGCGAGAACAACGCGCUGCACUACGCGGCGCAGAAGAACAACGCCCGCGUGGUGAAGCUGCUGCUCAACCGGAAGGUGGACCUGGCCUACAAGCGCAACCGCGACCUGCAGUCGCCGCUGCACGUGGCCGCCUACUACGGCUCGACGGAUGCCAUGGUGGAGCUGCUCAAGCAGUGCCCCGACGUGGCGGAGAUGGUGGACAGCAACGGCCGGAACGCCUUCCACGUCGCCAUCACCAGCGGCAAGGUGGACGCCCUCAAGCGCCUGCUCAAGCACGUCCGCCCCGAGGAGAUCGUCAACCGCGUCGACCGCGCCGGCAACACGCCGCUGCACCUCGCCGCCUCCCUAUCGCGCAUCCAGUCGGCGCUGCUCCUGCUCAAGGACCGCCGCGUCAACCCCUGCGUCCUCAACCGGGAGGGCCAGUCCGCGCGCAGCCUCAUCGAGAAGCGCGCCGCCACGGAGGAGAUGGACACCUACGAGAUGUACCUGUGGAAGACGCUCAAGAAGCACGAGGCCUCCAGGUGCAAGAAGGAGCAGCUGCCUCCGAUCGCCACUUACCAGUCGCUGCGCAGCCGGAGGGCUGGCCACGACGAGUACUACGAGCUCAGCGUCGGGACCUACACGCUGGUGGCCACGCUGAUCGCCACCGUCAGCUUUGCGGCCACCUUCACCAUGCCAGGGGGGUACAGCCAGACCGAUGGCACGGCCCUCCACGGCCACAAGGCGGCGUUCAAGAUCUUCGUUAUCUCCAACACUGUGGCCAUGUGCAGCUCCAUCGUCGUCGUCUUCUGCUUCAUCUGGGCAUGGCGGGACCCCGUCAAGUUCAAGCUCGAUCAGCUCAUGUGGGGCCACAGGCUCACCAUCCUCGCCUGCCUCGCCAUGGUCGUCUCGCUCAUGACCGCCGUCUACAUCACCGUUGCGCCCACGGCGAGGUGGCCUGCGUACGUUGUGAUCGCCAUCGGAGUCAGCACUCCCGCCGUGGUGUUCCUCAUCCUUGGGAAAGAGGCGUUGUACGUCCCAAUGUAAGUGCAGGAUUUUGGUGCUCGAGCUCCAUGGAGCUGGUUCGUUUGAAAGUUAAGAAAAAACACAUUUCAAAGUUUCAAACAAUUCUAAAGAAAUUACACAGUGAGAUAUGAGAGUAUACUA